AUGUAUCGUCAUCAUAAUAAUUCUAUUAAUAAUUUAUCACGAACAAUAAUUGGCAAAAUAAUGAUUCUUGGCAUUAUUAUUUACUUGGUGAAAUAUGUUAUGAGUGAUCAUACAAAUCACAACUCGAUAUCUGAAUCCAAUUCAUUACCCGAGGUGGUCAAAGAGAUCUCUAACACUAUAAUUCCACAUCAUCAACAUCGUCCUCUCAUUCAUUUUUCACCUAAGAAAAACUGGAUAAAUGAUCCAAAUGGUCUUGUUUAUUAUGAUACUGAAUGGCAUCUUUUCUAUCAAUAUUAUCCUAAAGCACCAAUGUCUAUAAAUAUGCAUUGGGGUCAUGCAGUAAGCAAAGAUUUGAUAACAUGGAAUGAAUUAUCAAUUGCAAUACCACCUGAAGAUGAUAUAGCUGGUAUAUGGUCAGGUUCAGUUGUUAUUGAUUGGAAGAAUAUUACUGGUUUUCAAAAAAAUACAAAUAUACAUCCUAUGAUUGCUAUUUAUACAUGGCAAUAUCAACGAUGGCAAGAACAACAUAUGGCUUAUAGUCUUGAUAAAGGACGUACAUGGACUAAAUAUGAAUCAAAUCCAGUUAUUCCAUUAUACAACAAUAUCUCAAAAGCAGAUAGACUUAGUGAUAAAAUAACAAGAAACGCUUUUCGUGAUCCUAAAGUCAUGUUUCAUGUACCAACUAAUUCAUGGAUUCUUGUUUUAACUGGUGGUGAUCAUGUACAAUUUUAUAAAUCUAUUGAUCUUAUUCAUUGGUCACUCAUAUCUCAUUUUGGUCACAAUGAAGGUUCACAUGGCGGUACUUGGGAAUGUCCAGAUCUUAUCGAAUUUUCACAAGUAAAACUCAAGAAUCAAACUAAUUUAUGGGUUCUAUUAGUAUCAGUACAAAGAGGUAGUCCAGCUGGUGGAUCAGGUAUGCAAUAUUUUAUUGGUACAUUUGAUGGAUAUAUAUUUCGCAAUAUACAAUCAUCACAAACGAUCAAUUGGCUUGAUUAUGGAUCUGAUUUUUAUGCAGGUAUUACAUUUCAUAAUAUACCUCAAUAUGAUGGGCGACAUAUACUCAUAUCUUGGAUGAAUAAUUGGCAAUAUGCUCGAGAACUUCCAACUGCACCAUUAUGGCGAGGACAAAUGACUAUACCUCGUCAAUUACAGCUUGAUUUUAAUUCAUUUACAAAAACUUAUCAUCUUCGACAAUUACCUGCUCAUGAACUUUAUUUAUAUUCAAAACAACUUCUUACAUUUCAUCGUCGAAAACUAUCAUCAAAGUCAGCUAAUUUGAUAUUGAAUAGUUCACAUGAUGUUUAUAUGUUAAAUACUGAAUUUCAUAAUAUUACAAAAACAACUAAUAUUCAUAUACGUCUUCGACAAACUAUAGAUAAACUUGAAUAUACAGAAAUCAAAUAUAUUGGUAAUAAAAAUCAAAUAGAAUUUGAUCGAUCACAUUCUGGAAAUAUUAAAUUUGAUGAUUCGUUUUUUCCACAAUUUAAUAUGUCAUUAGAUAAAGAAACAUUAACAACAGGUAUACUUAAAUUACAAGUGAUUGUAGAUCGAUGUUCUACUGAACUAUUUAUUAAUGGUGGUAAAUAUACAAUGACAGCUUUAAUUUUUCCAAAAUUUCAAGGCUAUCAAAUAGAACUAUCAAUCGAUGGCGAAGAUAUUCUAUUAAAUUAUCUUGAACUCAUGCUAUUUUCUAUGUAA